GAAUAAAGUAAUCCAGUUUCCAGUUCCCUCUGCCACGUUUCUGGUCUAAUACAUUUGAGGGUCCUUACUCUAAACUGUAUCAAAAGGGACACGUUCUUUCUUCUUCUUCAUCUCUUUUUCUUUUCUUCUCUUCCCACUUCUACUCUUUUCUUGUUAAUUCUCAGGCAAUUCAACAUGGGUGAUCAAAUAGUUAUCAACAACAGCCACCGUGAAACUAGCAGCGAUCAAGGUUUUGUUAUAGACAUAUACCCUCUUAGUGGCUACUACUUUGGAUCCAAAGACCCUCUUCCAUUCAAGGAAGAGACUUUAGCUGAUCGUGCCCAGAGGAUGAAAUCAAACUAUCAUGCUCAUGGAUUGAGGACGUGCGUGGAGGCUGUUAUUUUGGUUGAAUUGUUCAAACAUCCUCAUCUUUUGCUACUGCAACUAAAAAAUUUCAUCUUUAAGCUUCCUGGUGGCCGCAUAAGACCUGGUGAAUCUGAUAUUGAAGGACUGAAACGUAAACUAUCAAGAAAGCUCUCUGUAAAUGAAGGCGAAACUGAUUGGGAGGUGGGAGAAUGUCUUGGGAUGUGGUGGAGGCCUGACUUUGAAACUUUGUUGUACCCAUACGUGCCCCCUAAUGUAAAAACUCCCAAGGAAUGCACAAAAGUCUACCUUGUGAGGUUACCAGUGAGUCGAAGGUUCAUUGUACCAAAAAAUCUUAAACUGCUUGCAGUUCCAUUGUGCCAAAUUCAUGAAAAUCAUAAGACCUAUGGACCAAUAAUAGCAGGAAUACCACAGCUGCUAUCAAAGUUCUCCUUCAACAUUAUCAAUACUUAAGCUAAGCAUCUUUAUUGUGAUUGAUUAGCUACAAGGUAAGUAUAAAGGGCUGCUACAAGGUAAGUAUAAAGGGGUGAAUGCACUAGUUAGAAAAGGCUUUUUGCUGGGACAUCUACUUUUUGAGAAAUCUUGAUAGAGAUAUUGUAUACAGAAUAGAAUCUUACAUUUAGUCAAUACUGAGGCUUUUUAAUGUUGGAACAGCAAUAUAUAUGUUGUAUUUAUGUUGAGGUGUCACUUUUUUGUUCGGA